CCCCAAAUGCGCUUCCCGAUGAUUCAGAGUGUCCCGAUUCUCCAUAACCACCAUGCCCAAAUCACCAGCAGAGGUUCUUCUCGAGAAAGCUGAUAAGAAAUCAAAUUCUUCCACUGGAUGGUUUUCUUCUUCAUCAACCAAAUGGGAGGAAGCAGGGGACCUAUACCAACAAGCUGCCAACUCUUUCCGGCUCGAGAAGCAAUUUAAGAUGGCUGGUGACUCAUUUUCGAGAGAAGCAGAGUGCAGAGAAAAGUGCAAUGAAACCAACGACGCAGCAAAUGCUUGGUGGAAUGCUGCCAAGGCAUACAAGAAAGAUGACCCUCAAUUGGCGAUUCAGGCUUUGGGUUGCACGAUCAUGCAUCUCACCAAGUCAGGCAGGUUCCGCCAGGCAGCAGACAGAGAGAAGGAGAUUGGCCAAAUCUAUCAACACGAAUUGAAUAACAUCGCGAAGGCAUGCGAAAGCUUCCAGCGAGCUGCUGAGUGGUAUGACCAGGAGGAUGCUGCUGCAACGGCUAGCGCAUGUCGCAAGGAUGCCGCGGACCUCUGUGCUGAAGUUGAAGAUUACAGAGGGGCUAUACAGCUUUACGAGAUGGUUGCGAAUUACGCGCUGAAGUCGAACCUGACAAAGUAUAGCGUGAAAGAUUACUGGUUACGUUCGGGUCUAUGUGCACUCGCCAUGAGAGAUGUUGGGAAAGCGCAGCGAGACAUCGAGGUGUUCAAGUCGAAAGAUGUUACAUUCAGCUCAACUCGGGAAUGCAAGUUCCUAGGAGACAUGUGUGACCUCGUAACAGCAGGUGAUGAACAAGCCUUUACGACAGCAGUAUUCGAGUAUGAUCAGGUUACGAAGUUGGAUAAUUGGAAGACAGGAAUAUUGUUGAAGAUCAAGAGGUCACUCAAGGACGAGGUGGAUAUUCUCUGAUGGAACACCAUUCACGUCUCACCUGUAUCAUCUACGCGUACGUCGGACGGUUCAUAUUCACAUUGAUAGUUUAGAUUGGGCCGAAUAUAUUGACAUGUAUAUCACGCACAAGGCGAACUUGAGGCGGACUACCACAACCUGCCAACAUGCCCUCAUUCACGUUGCAGUGCCGUGAUGUGAGAGCAUCCUCAUCG